UCACCGGCCGCUCCCGCCCCGCUCCCGCUCCCGUUCCCUCCCCGCUCCCUCCCCGCUCCCGCUCCUUCCCCGCCGGCAGCCGGGGACGCGGCUCGGCCCGGCCCUGCCCCGCGCAGCCCGUGGCAGCGAUGCACGGUACUGCCUCAGGGGCGGCCUGUGCCCGCGCGGUGACCGCGUCCCGGCCGGGGCGCCGGCAGGAGGCGGGAGCGCCCGCCUGCGGUUGGGUGACGCCCCCGGCUCGCUAGCGCGGCGGCGGCUUUGCUAAUGACCUGUCCUUUCUUCUCCUCCCCUCCCUCGCUAUUCGCCAACACUUAUCGCUCCGGCCCCGCGCUGUGAAGCCCUCGGAGCGGCGGCAGGAGGGGGCGGCCGGCCCCGGGAGAUGCUGUAGCGGCGCCCGGCUGCGGGAGCGGGGCCCGGGGGCUGCGGGACGGGCAGAGCCGGCCCGGCGCAGAAUGUCAGCAGACUUUUAUUGAUGAAGAACUGCUUGUUAUCACCAAUCUGCACAUGAAAUGGAAGGGGAAGAGAUUCUGGAAAACAACUUCUGUUUCAGCCUUGCAAGAUGCUGCUUGAAGGGGAAUUUACUGACAUAACAAAUCACAGAACAAACCACUGAACAUGAAUGUUCAGGAGUAUAAAGAAGUUUAAGUGACUGCUGUACUUGAUCAAAAUGGUGGACACUGAAAAUCAGCUCUAUCCCCUUACUCCCUUGGAGGAGGAGGAUAUAGACAGCCCUUUAUCUGGAGAGUUCCUACAAGAUAUGGAGAACAUUCAAGACCUGUCCCAGUCUCUAGGUGAUGAUAGUUCUGGAGCUUUAAGUUUAACAGAAUUCCAAUCACUGGGAAAUGGUCCAGGAUCUGAUGGAUCAGUUAUAACAGACACCCUUUCACCAGCAUCCAGUCCUUCAUCCAUUAAUUUUGCCACAGCUCCAGGUAGCAUAGAUGAAUCACCCAGUGGAGCACUAAACAUUGAAUGUAGAAUUUGUGGGGAUAAAGCCUCAGGCUACCAUUAUGGAGUACAUGCUUGUGAAGGUUGUAAGGGCUUUUUUAGAAGAACAAUUCGUUUAAAACUCAUCUAUGAUAAAUGUGAUCGCAACUGCAAAAUUCAGAAAAAAAAUCGUAAUAAGUGCCAAUACUGUCGUUUUCAGAAGUGCCUUUCAGUUGGAAUGUCACAUAAUGCAAUACGUUUUGGACGAAUGCCAAGGUCUGAGAAGGCCAAGCUCAAAGCAGAAAUUCUAACAGGUGAAAAUUAUGUAGAAGACUCAGAAAUGGCAGAUCUCAAAUCACUUGCCAAAAGAAUUCAUGAGGCCUACCUGAAAAACUUCAAUAUGAACAAGGUUAAAGCCAGAAUCAUCCUUGCAGGGAAAACCAAUAACAAUCCACCAUUUGUUAUACAUGAUAUGGACACCUUAUGUAUGGCAGAGAAGACCCUGGUGGCAAAACUGGUAGCCAAUGGGAUUCAGAACAAGGAAGCAGAAGUUCGAAUCUUCCACUGCUGCCAGUGCACGUCUGUGGAGACUGUCACAGAACUCACAGAGUUUGCCAAAUCCAUCCCUGGCUUCUCCAACCUGGACUUGAACGAUCAGGUGACACUAUUGAAGUAUGGGGUGUAUGAAGCCAUAUUUGCCAUGUUGGCCUCUGUGAUGAACAAGGACGGGAUGCUGGUGGCUUAUGGGAAUGGAUUCAUAACCCGGGAGUUCCUGAAAAGCCUGAGAAAGCCAUUCUGUGAUAUAAUGGAGCCAAAAUUUGAUUUUGCAAUGAAAUUCAAUGCACUGGAUUUGGAUGAUAGCGAUAUAUCCCUUUUUGUUGCUGCCAUUAUUUGCUGUGGAGAUCGUCCUGGUCUUGUAAAUGUAGGACACAUUGAAAAAAUGCAGGAGAGCAUUGUGCAUGUACUGAAACUUCACUUGCAAAACAACCAUCCUGAUGACACCUUCCUCUUCCCAAAACUUCUCCAAAAAAUGGCUGACCUCCGACAGCUGGUCACAGAGCAUGCUCAGCUUGUUCAGAUAAUCAAGAAGACUGAAUCUGAUGCACAUUUACACCCUUUACUACAGGAAAUCUACAGGGAUAUGUAUUGAGGACUUCUAGUAUUUUUUUCCACAAUAUUUAAAGACAGAGAAAUACAGAUGGGAGCAAAACUACUUGUACAGUCAUGGGCUGUUCACUCAGCCCAGAGCAGGAAAAAUCUAAAACUGGGGAACUGGAGUGUUACACUUCUUUUGGUUUGGGAUCUUUUGUCUUCUUUUGAAAAAGUGCUGCAGAAAAAUACUGGUCAGAGUGCUCAAUGAAGUGUCUUACAAUGGUUCUUUUAUUUGGAAAUUUGAAGAUUGGUAAGGAAUACAUAUUUGUAUAAUAAAUCAGAAUGUUAAGUAACAGAAUGAACAAAAUUGUAUUUCCUCUUGGUUUAGUCAUUUUAGUAUUAAUAUGAAAAUUCAGCACCUUCCUUCCAGGUAUCUGCACAAUCAGAAAGACAAUGCACUUUUGCCUAAUGGUAACUACUGAGAACCAGCUAACACUUUUUCUUAAAGCAUUCAGUCUAGGUGUAGCAAAUGGCUGGAUAUUACUGUCCAUACACUUCUAAAAAUUUGGAAAGAUCUUUGAUCCAUUGUUGCUUUAAUUCCAUGAAAUUGUGUACAGCUUCAUCUAGGGUUGCACUGGCAUACUUAGGGUUAGCAUGUUUAAAAGUUCUCUUAUGAAAUUAAACAAAAUCCAAAGAGUUAUCUAAAACACAGCAGAGAUGCUCCAACAGGUGUGUCUUGAAGAGUAAACGUGAUAAACUGAUGGGACCUUUUUGUUUCAGAAGUCUGUUAAGGAAAUGUGAAAAUAUCACUGAUGAAAAAGAUGUCGUAUACCCUGUAUUUUUGUAGAACUUGUAAUAGCUCAGGAUGCAGUUUUGACAUAAGAAUACUAUUUUAAAUUAGCAAGAGUUAUGGAGAGACUGAAAAAUCUGAUCCUACCCCAGGAAAAAAAAA